CGGGGCUUUUUUUCUUGCUCUUUCCAGAUGCAGGCACAGAAAGUCAGAGGACUGCUUGCUUCAAUGUUGGAAUGAGAGAUCACGGAUUACAGUUUUCAACCUCAUGCCACAACCUCUGAUUUAAUCCCUGUUUUUUGGCUCUAGUAUUUUUUAUUAGAAUUCAUCUGUAUCUCUGAGUUUGGACACAUGGACUGAUGAGAAGUGUUCACAUCUUGGAAUAAUGCCCUCCUGGAUUCAUCUUGACUUGGGGAUUUGAUUUUUCACAUGCUACAUUCUCUUCAAAGUUAUGGAGUUUUCUUUGCGGAUUCACCUCUUCACAACUUUUGUCUCCUGUUUUAAGGUUUAUGCUCAAGUGAUACAUCAGACGAGGCAUCCAGGCCUGCAGGUGUUGGCCACGGCCUCACAUUACUGGCCUCUCGAUGCCGUGGAUGGGAUCCACGAUCUGUGGGACCAGAUUGGAAACAGACCAGGUUAUGUUAACGGAAGCAACAUAACACUCAGAAUCCACAACCACACUGUGCUCCCUUCCUCCCAUAACUCUUCCUAUGUGUAUACCAAUGACUCUGCCUACACUAACAUUUCUGCAACAGUAGAUAUUGUUGAAGGGAUGGUCAACAAGGGCAUCUUUCUGAACGGAGAUAACGGCGGCACCUUUCUCCACUUUGGAAACUACCAGAACUCUUGCAUCAGUGACCCUACUAUGUGUGGUCCUGAGGGGAUUACCUUCUCUUUCUUUUGGAAAAACCACGAGGCAGAGUCUCGUUUCGCUGUAGCCUCCGGAGGAAAAGUUAUCUCCAACGGCUUCUCCGUCUACACCAACACUUACGGCGGGUACGUGGAGUUUUACACUCGAGGCAACAACUGCAGAUGGAAGGUCAAAAUCGUUCCCGUUCCAGGGCCUUACUGGACGCACAUCCUCUUCUCCUGGACUAAAAAGGACGGUCUGAAGGUCUACAUCAACGGGACGUUCACUGAUGGUGACAUUUCUGGCAGCAACGUCACCGAGCACUACGGCGACCCCUACCCUGACCUCGUCAUCGGGACCGGCACCGGCAGAGCGUACGGUCACUACGUCACGGGCGCCUUUGAUGAGUUCGUCAUCUGGGAGAGGGCUCUUUCACCUCAGGACAUCCGGCUCUACUACAACGCAGCCAUAGGUCAGGCCAUCGUCUCUUCCACGACACCCAGAGUCUCCAAAGAAGUGACGUCGACGACGCCAACAGUCAGAGCCACAGAAGUGAGUCCUCCUGUCGUCAUCGGUCAGCACGAGGAGGUCCAAAACUCCCAGGAUCCGCCGUCCAUGCCAGUGUUGGGUUUCCUGAAGGCGCUGCCCAAUAGGACCAUUCCUCACAACACUGCCAACAACCUCACACAGGCUUUUCUCAAAAGUGUGGAAGAAGUGCUGUCCUCUCCAGGCCUGCCAGAGCAGUCCACCCCUGUGGUCAGCGGCCUGAUCGAGACAGUGGACAGAGUGAUGGAACAUAUGGUGACUAACCUGGAGCCCAGCCCGAGCCCGAACUCGCUCAUCUCCCUGGGUGGAACAUCUUUUGUUGCAGAUUAUUCCCUGAUGAAAUUCCCGCAGAACUACAACCUGUCGCAUUACCGCUUCCCCACACUGGGAAAGAACUACAUCUCCGUGCCCGGCGAGGCUUUCACCAUGCUGUCUCAAACCACCAUCGUUGGCCUCUUCUAUCACAACAUGCACAACUACUACAAGGAGAUCAGCCCCGUGAAGACCAGGAUUAACGAAGCAGCUGAUUUCAAGGAUCAUAAGAUCCAGGUAGCGAGCUGUCUCAUCUCUCUAAAAGUGGAGCCUUCACCCGCCCUGUCAAUUAACCUCUCUGGAGCGCCGCUCAUCAAGAUCGUCCUCACCCACGUCCUGACUAAAGAACAGCAAGAACAAGUCCUGAAUCAGAGCAAUAAAGUCUUCCUCUACUGCGCCUUCUUGGACUACAGUUCAAAUGAGGGAGUAUGGUCCAACGAAGGUUGCGUGCGCUCGGAUGGAAACAUGACGUACUCUGUGUGUUUGUGCAACCACCUCACCAACUUUGCCAUACUCAUGCAAGUGGUGCCCUUAAAGCUCACUGUCGGCCACAGGGUGGCACUAUCAACCAUUGGCUACGUUGGCUGCUCCAUUUCCAUCUUCUGCCUCGCCAUCACUCUGGUGACUUUUGCUGUUCUGUCCUCAGUGAGUACCAUCCGUAACCAACGCUACCACAUCCACGCCAACCUGUCCUUCGCCAUCCUGGUGGCUGAGAUCUUGCUGCUCAUCAGCGCUCGCUUCGACCCGGGCACGCUGCCUUGUAAAGUCAUGGCCGUGCUGCUUCACUUCUUCUUCCUGAGCGCCUUCGCCUGGAUGCUGGUGGAGGGCCUCCACCUCUACAGUAUGGUGGUGAAGGUGUUCGGCUCUGAGGGCAGCAAACACUUCUACUACUACGGCAUUGGAUGGGGCUCUCCUCUGGUGAUAUGUGUGGUGUCCAUGACAUCAGCUCUGGACAGUUACGGUGAAGUUGACAACUGCUGGCUGUCACUGAAGAACGGAGCCAUCUGGGCAUUCGUGGCACCGGCUCUGUUUGUCAUUGUGGUGAACAUCGGCAUUCUGAUAUCUGUGACCAGGAUCAUCUCUCGAAUCAGCGGAGAGAGUUACAAGGUUCAUGGAGAUGCCAACGCAGUCAAGCUGACCGUGAAGGCGGUGGCUGUGCUCCUGCCUAUCCUCGGCAUUUCCUGGAUCUUUGGCGUCCUUGCGAUCAAUUCACACUCUUUGGUGUUCCUGUAUGUUUUCGCUAUAUUCAACUCGUUACAAGGGUUCUUUGUCUUCUUGUUUCACUGUCUUCUCAACUCUGAGGUCAGAGCUGCUUUCAAACACAAAACCAAGGUGUGGUCUCUUACCAGCAGCUCCAUCCGAAACAUCAAUGUGAAGCCAUUCAACUCUGACAUUAUGAAUGGAAACAAAGAGGGUGUGACUCCCACCAAGAUGAACACGUGGGACAAAAGCACCAACUCGGCCAAUCGUAUCGACCUCUCCGCCGUGUAGGACCAACAGAUCCGUCGCGUCUGUCUGCGGCAGGGAGAGCUUGAAUCUGAAGCUCACCUGGUGCAGAAUGACAAAACACUGGCCAGAAUAUUCUCCCACUUUUGUUACGUAAUGAAUCGGACACUCAUCCAAGCUCAAGUGAAAGUGAUACCAAAGGAGGUGUUGUGUAGCUGGAUAAUAUCUUCACCUUUAAAGACAAACAGACUCUGAGGACUGUGCCUUAUUAUUGUCUCGUUAGAUAUAUAUAUAUAUAUAAAAAAACCAUAUUGUGGUCCCAAACACAAGAGCAGGGAUUUCUGAGGAGAGUCUUAUAAGAUCUGUGAGUGUAGUUCAGGGUCUGGCAAUGCCGCUCUGUGAAUUGGAGCGUCUACAUUUGUCUGGUUGCAUCGUCCAUCUGUUUAUUUAACAUUGAAUUGUUCAAUAUUUUGAUAUCAAUAGCGUAGCUUAGCACAAAAAACAGCCAACAAGGUCAACAACACAAGACAUAGCAGCCAGCUAAUAUUACUGACUAGUCCAACAUAUAGGUAUAGGUAUAGCUAACGUUUCGCUUAGGAAGGGAGUCCGUUAACGUCAACAAACAAAGUCAAAGCUAACGUUACUGCAAAGCAGAUGAAACGUGGUUUUAGCCGGCUAACGGUAACUAGCUCUCCAACAAAGACAAACUGCUAACGUAUCAAAAUCCUUUCUUAACGUCAGCUAAUUCAGCCAGACUCUCAGUUUGCAUGCAAACGUUAUCACUAGCUAAACACUAUGAAAUCAGUUCUGCAGCUAACGUGAUCCAUUUGAUCUAGCUCCUGUUCUGGCACGACACCUGCUGUAAACCUCCUCUUCUUCUUCCCGGUGGUCUAAAACGCUUGUGGUACAAACACAAACACUCCUAGCUAACAGCAGCUAAAAAACUGAG